GCGCGCACCACCGAGACGUGGGCUCCUGGAGGGACCGGAAGCUUCGGAUAGCAACUUCCGCUCGGGAAAUUUGUCAAAGUCUGGGCUACCGGCGCGGCGUAGCGGAGGCUGCGGACGCCCCACUGGUUUGUCAGGACCCGGUUGCGUAUCCUCCUGGAGCUGGACUCCCCGGCUGACCCCGUCCACGAUCGUGACCUCAGCUGUCCCUCAGACAGUUCCACACCUGUGCCUCCAGCCCGCACGCCCCGUUGCUGUUUGCAUACUUUGCUCCUGAUGGCCCUUUUUAUCAGAGUUGCUCCCGAUGGCCCUUUAUGAUUCUUCCGUCUGUAGGGGCCAAAAAUGACAUCUCCCCUCCUCCCUCUGACAAGAUCUGCCCUCCUUGGUGCUGUGCUUCCGCAGAGGGGUGGCCUUGCUGUUCCCAUGGAUGUGGCCCAGGAACAAGUGACCUUCUGGGACGUGGCCAUUUACUUCUCACGGGAGGAGUGGGAGUGCCUGGAACCCAGCCAGAGGGCCCUCUACCGGGACGUGAUGCUGGACACCUUCAGCAAUGUGGCCGCACUGGGAUUUUGCAGCCCCAGACCAGACCUCAUCUCCCGCUUGGAACAGUGGGAGGAGCCGUGGGUUGAAGACCGGGAGAGACCUGAGCUGCAGGCAGUGCAGAGGGGCCCCAGCCCAGGGGCAAGGAAGUCUGCAGACCCCAAGAGACACUGGGAUCAUCCAGCUCGGGCUCACAAGAAAAGCCCCGUGCGGCGAGAAAGAGCCCGGGAAGGAAUCAGCUCUAGGAAGGGCUUCAGGCUGGACGCAGAUGACGGGCAGCUUCCCGGAGCUGCUCCGGAAAAGGCAGACACCGCGGCCGCGGCUUUCCGGUGUCAGCUUCUCACGCAGUGCUGUGGGCAGCGGCCGGGCCGCAGAGGGCGCCGGGGGCGGCGCACAGUGGAGCUGUCGUUCAUCUGCGGCACCUGUGGGAAGGCGCUCGGCUGCCACAGCCGACUGCUCGCCCACCAGACGGUGCACACAGGGACUAAGGCCUUCCAGUGCGCCGAGUGCGGCCAGACCUUCCGGUGGGCUUCCAACCUGCAGCGGCACCAGAAGAACCACACGAGCGAGAAGCCCUUCUGCUGCGAGGCGUGCGGGCAGGCGUUCAGCCUGAAGGACCGCCUGGCUCAGCACCGCAAGGUCCACACGGAGCACAGGCCCUACCCGUGCGGCGACUGCGGGAAAGCCUUCAAGCAGAAGUCCAACCUCCUCCGGCACCAGCUGGUGCACAGCGGGGAGCGGCCCUUCUACUGUGCCGACUGCGGCAAGGCCUUCCGGACCAAGGAGAACCUCAGCCACCACCGGAGGGUGCACAGCGGGGAGAGGCCCUACACCUGCGGCGACUGCGGCAAGGCCUUCCGGUGGCCCAAGGGCUUCAGCAUCCACCGGAGGCUGCACCUGACCAGGAGGUCCUACAAGUGCCACCACUGCGGGAAGGGCUUCCGCCACCUGGGCUUCUUCACGCGCCAUCAGGGCACUCACAGGCACGGGGCGGUGUAGAGGCGCCCGAGGGCGGGGUGCUGCCUCGGCGGCAGGGUUGGGCCUGAGGGAGCGCUGCGGUGAGAAGAUGCUCUUCAGCCUGGAGCAUCAACCUGACAGGAAGCCUUCUUGGUCCUCACAGCUCCCCAGACCCCCGAGUUUUACUGGGAAAACUGCCAGGUGGGAGAAGCAGAUCCAUGAGGACGCUGGAGAUGGUGGGGGCUGUGCCCCAGCGCCGGGCACCCUGGGGACAUGCUGACAGCGUGUGCAACCAUGGAGCGAGCUGCACUCCCGGCCCGGGCUCAGGGGCGGAGCAGCCUGCCCAGUGCCCACAGCUGUUGGCUCAGGGACUCCACCCUGGCCCCGGGUCACUGUGUGCUGGGCCUUUCUUCCUGCCUCUGCACCCCAUACUCGAUGCCCGGUCUGGCUUCACUUCCUGUCCGUCUUGGGCGACGUGAGGCAGCCGUGCACAUUGCACAGAUGCAAAACCCCUCCUGCGGCCUCUGCGGCUGGGCCAUGGAAACAAGAGCACUUGUAAUACUGAAGGCUCGUUCAAGGAUUAGCGAGGGUGCUCAGAAAUGGCCCUGGCUGCAGAAAUGGCCUCCACCCAGCCCCCACGCCCAGAAUCUGGGUCACGCACCUGGAAUUGGCAGAUCGAGUUGGGUCUCAGGGCAGUGCAGUGGCUGUAUUUGCCACAGGGCGUUUCGUGGGGAAGAGGUGACCUCUUUGUUUUAAACUUAAGAUGUCUGCUUAACCAGCCAGAAAUAAACAUCUACCAGUGGUGGUCCCAAGGGGAGACCCCCAUGUUUCAGGUUAGCUGAACUGUUGCAGGAGUUUUGUUUUUGCCUGUUUUUCUUUAAGAAAUCCAGCCAACACAUGCACAUGUAACGUCGGAAUCAGAAAUGAGUUUCUAGGGCAGAGGAGAAGGUGGAACCUUCGGAGAGGAAGCCCUGAGUUAGGUCUGGCUGGAGAUGCCACCAGACGGGGCCUUCCCGAGGGGCGCCGGGCAUGCAGAAAGGCCGAGGGGCUCCGUGUGACCCUGCUGUGAGCAGACCAAGUGCAAAGUCACUUUCUUUUUUUUUGAGAUGGAGUCCUGCUCUGUCACCAGGCUGGAGUGCACUGGGCGAUCUCAGCUCACCGCAACCUCCACCUCCCAGGUUCAAGUGAGUCUCUUGCCUCAGCCUCCCAAGCAGCUGGGAUCACAAGCGCGCACCACCACACCCAGCUAAUCUUUUUGUAUUUUUAGUAGAGAUGGAGUUUCACCAUGUUGGCCAGGACAGUCUCAAUCUCUUGACCUCAUGAUCCACCCACCUGAGCCUUCCAAAGUGCUGGGAUUACAGGCGUGAGCCACUGUUCCCGGCCUCUGCAGUCACUUUUGAGACUGAUGUAGAAAUGUGAGCAUGGGCUGUGAGUAGGGUGGGGUGGGGAAUUGGCUGUUGGCAGUGAUGGUGACACAGGGUUGUGCUUAAGGAAGAUCCGUCACUCAGAUGCAUUCUCAAGUGUUUAUUGGGAAAUGAUGUGGCACCUGGGAUGUGCUUUAAAAUGCUAAUAAAAAGGAGAAAGACGUAGUAGUAUUUGAA